UGAGACCCACCACCACCUGACCCGCUCUCCGCCUCGUUGACAAUGGCGGUGGCGCGGCUGCGCUCGGCCUCCUCGGCGGCGGCGGCGCUCGCGGGCCGGCGGCGGCACCUAGGGACCGCGGCCGCGGCGGCGGAGCCGGAGGUCGCUGUCGCCGUCGGCGCGAGGUGGGAGCCGAUGGGGGCGCGGGAGUACUACGACUACCGGAGGGCCAUCUACGGCGACAUCACGCACAAGGCCAUCCUCGUCGACGCCGCCGGCACCCUCCUCGCCCCCACCGAGCCCAUGGCCCAGGUGUACAGAACACUCGGCGAAAAGUACGGGGUGAAGUACUCGGAGGAGGAGAUCUUGAUGAGGUACAGGCAGGCGUACGCGCAACCAUGGGGUAGAUCCCGGCUUAGGUAUGUUGACGAUGGAAGACCCUUUUGGCAACAUAUAGUUAGUUCUUCUACAGGCUGCUCAAAUUUAGAAUACUUUGAGGAACUUUAUCAUUACUAUACAACUGAAAAGGCCUGGCAGCUCAUCGACCCUGAUGCUAAAUAUGUUUUCGAAGCAUUGAGAAGGGCUGGUGUAAGAACAGCUGUUGUGUCCAACUUUGACACCCGUCUCCGGCCACUUUUACAGGCCCUGAAUUGUGAUCACUGGUUUGAUGCAGUUGCUGUAUCUGCUGAGGUUGCAGCAGAAAAGCCAAACCCAACAAUAUUCUUGAAGGCAUGUGAGUUGUUGGACGUGAAACCUGAAGAGGCAGUGCAUAUUGGUGAUGACCGUAGGAACGAUUUGUGGGGAGCUAGGGACGCAGGCUGUGAUGCCUGGCUCUGGGGCAGCGAUGUUCACUCCUUCAAGGAGGUCGCAGAAAGAAUCGGAGUUAGCGUGGGUAUGGGCAACUCUAUGUGAUCCCCUCCGGUUGCUCGCACUCUACAGUCUACACCAUAAGCCGACUCAACUG